AUGCUGAACCCUUGCCGGCUUAAUAGAUCCAGGAUGUGCCUUCUACUCCAGGAGACCCUUGACUCUCAACGAGAGGGAUCGCACCCAUUUAGCCCUUUCCUAAACGAAAGCUCUUCUCAACUACGAGCCGGAGGGGGGUACCCGAACAUUAAUAUUAAAUUAAGUAUAUUAAUAUUUCUUAAUAUAAGUCGCUUCUUCCCCUCGUUCCUUUUCUCUUAUCUCACUGGAAAUGCAUUCACACUGAACACCAACCCAAUCUCAAUGAAGAAGCCUACCCCGGACCCUGACGUGAACAGACGCUUUCUCGGAGAAAGCUUUUUUUCUUUCUUUGUUGACUUCACCUAG